CAAGAUAACGGAUCAACAGUUACUGUGUGUGUAUGUGUGAGAGAGAAAAAGAGAAUAUCCCAAAAUCUUUUAUAUAUUUAUAGUAUAUAUUAUCCCCUUUCUAAAUUAUGAAGAAAACAAAGAAAUGUGAGGCUAAUUAAUCUGGAUCUUUUCUGAUCUGAUUCUUGUUGGGUAUUUUUGGGAAAGCCGUUUUCUAGGUGAGCUAACUAGGGUUUGUUUCUUUUGAGCCACAGAAUUGGGAAAUGCGAAAUCAACUCUACUUGAAUGUAAAUGAGGUUUUCUUGAAAAGGGUUUUUUUUUGCUUUCUGAAGCUGAAUUGAACAGAAAUUGUUUCAAAAGUUUGAAUUUUGAUGAUAUGGGGUUGAAGAAGAUGAGCUUUUUGCGGUGAAGUUAUAGGGGUAUAAGCUGAGUAUACACUAAAGAAGCUUCUGCUUUUAGCCGAGGGUCUGUCGGAAACAGCGUCAAGAUCUGCCGUACACACUACCCUCCCCGGACCCGGUUGUUGUUGUUAUUUAGAAGAUAUUAAUGGUUGGAUAUGGUUGGAAUGUUAUGGCAUUAAUCAAGAAGUUACCGUUCGGGAGAGAGCUUUUAUGAUCUUACUGGUAUUGAAUUGUGUGAGCUGCUUCAUUUAAAAGCUGGAGAUAUUAAAGAGAAGAUACUUUUAUUAGUUUAUUUAGGUCUGCAAUAGGUUGUGCUCUUCUGUAAGGGAAAGCUGGAAAACCAUUCCUCAUUUACUCGGGAAUGGUUUUAAGACGUCUUACUGCAAGUUGUUUGCUCCAAGCAUUUAGAUCAUAAGCAGUGCUUCAGCUGAAUUUCAAACUAUUGUGAACAAAUGAGUUGCCAAUUAUGUGAGUUGCCAAUUAUGAAAGUCACGCUCGCAAAGAGUGGUAGGCAUCAGAAUUAGGGAGGAAUAUGGCAACUCCAGUUGAGCCUCCUAAUGGGAUUAGGACCCCAGGGAAGCAUUACUACUCUAUGUGGCAAUCCCUCUUUGAAAUUGAUACGAAAUAUGUACCUAUUAAGCCUAUUGGUCGAGGGGCCUAUGGAAUUGUUUGUUCUUCCGUUAACAGGGUAACCAAUGAGAAGGUUGCAAUCAAGAAAAUAAACAAUGCUUUUGAGAACCGUAUUGAUGCUCUGAGAACUUUGCGUGAGCUAAAGCUCCUUCGCCACCUUAGACACGAAAAUGUGAUUGCUCUGAAAGAUGUGAUGAUGCCAAUCCACAGGCGAAGUUUCAAAGAUGUUUACUUGGUUUACGAACUAAUGGAUACUGAUUUACAUCAGAUAAUCAAAUCCUCUCAAACACUUUCAAAUGAUCAUUGCCAGUAUUUCCUAUUCCAGUUGCUUCGAGGUCUGAAAUAUCUCCAUUCUGCAAAUAUUCUUCAUCGUGACUUGAAACCUGGGAACUUGCUUAUCAAUGCUAACUGCGAUCUGAAGAUAUGUGACUUCGGGCUGGCACGCACGAGCAGUGGCAAGGACCAGUUUAUGACUGAAUACGUUGUUACACGCUGGUAUAGGGCUCCGGAACUCCUCCUUUGCUGUGACAACUAUGGAACAUCGAUUGACGUAUGGUCUGUUGGUUGCAUUUUCGCGGAGCUCUUAGGGAGGAAACCCGUCUUUCCAGGUACUGAAUGCCUUAACCAACUUAAACUGAUUAUCAACAUCCUUGGCAGUCAGCGAGAAGAAGAUAUUGAAUUUAUCGAUAACCCAAAGGCGAGGAAGUACAUCAAAUCACUACCAUACUCUCCCGGAACACCCUUUUCCCGUCUCUAUCCCCAUGCUCAUCCUUUGGCCAUCGAUCUCCUGCAGAGAAUGCUCGUGUUUGACCCUUCGAAAAGAAUUAGUGUUAUCGAAGCACUUCAGCAUCCAUACAUGUCCCCCUUGUAUGAUCCAAACACUGACCCCCCAGCGCAGGUUCCUAUCAAUCUUGACAUAGAUGAGGACUUAGGGGAAGAGACCAUAAGGGAAAUGAUGUGGAACGAAAUACUCGAAUACCAUCCUGAAGCGGCCUCAGCUGCUAUGGAAGUUGUUCUAUGAGCUGCUUCUUGAAAAGUUGUUGAGGUAAUGUUAGAGCUUUUUGUAACUUAUCUCUAAUAAGAUUUCCGCGCUUUCAAUAAUAUCAAGUCUUGAUUCAUCGACAGUUUGAGCUGUGAUGCAUAUAAGAACUGCUUGUAUAAGCUUGAACUUCUCGAGCAUGUAACGUCUUAAUCUGUAUAUAUGUGUGGUUUUGUAAGUCUAAGCACCUUUUAUGCUACAUGAAUGUAAGGCAGUUUUAUUUGUUGUGCUGCCAUGAUUGUGAUGUUUAUUGAUGUUGGCUCUUUUAACC